AUGUCGGGCAUCGCCUCCACCCUGCAGCAGCGCCGCGACCAUGAGCAAGGCAUCGGGAGCCACGACCGGGCUCUGAAGUACCUGAACCAGGACUACGAGGCUCUGCGGCAGCAGUGCUUCGAGUCCGGAACCUUGUUCCAGGACGAGUCGUUCCCGGCGCUGCCCUCGUCCCUGGGCUUCAAGGAGCUUGGAGCCGGAUCCUACAAGACCCGCGGGGUGACCUGGAAGCGACCGACGGAGCUGACCUCUGACCCCGAGUUCAUCCUGUCGGGAGCGUCCAGGACCGACAUCUGUCAGGGAGCUCUGGGUGACUGCUGGCUGCUCGCCGCCAUCGCCUCUCUGACUCUGAACCAGGAAGUUCUGGCUCGAGUGGUUCCACACGGGCAGAGCUUCCAGGAGGGGGAGUACGCUGGAAUCUUCCACUUCCAGUUCUGGCAGUACGGAGACUGGGUGGACGUGGUGAUCGACGACCGUCUCCCGGUGAAAGACGACGAGCUGCUGUUCGUCCACUCGGCCGAGGGGGCGGAGUUCUGGAGCGCUCUGCUGGAGAAGGCCUACGCCAAGGUGAACGGGUGUUACGAGGCUCUGUCUGGAGGAGCGACCACCGAGGGCUUUGAGGAUUUCACAGGAGGCAUCGCUGAGGUCCACGACCUGAACCGAGCAGAUCCUCAUCUGUUCCACAUCAUCAGCAAAGCUCUGGACCGCGGCUCGCUGCUCGGCUGCUCCAUCGACAUCACGAGUUCGUCCGACUCAGAGGCCGUUACCUCUCAGAAGCUGGUGAAAGGCCACGCCUACUCACUGACAGGUGCAGCUGAGGUGGAGUACCGUGGAGACAAGGAGAAGCUGAUCCGGGUCAGGAACCCCUGGGGUCAGGUGGAGUGGACCGGAGCCUGGAGUGAUGAUUCCAUGAAUUGGCGUUACAUCAGCGACGAGGACAGAGAGCGUCUCAGCCACCGCUCCGAGGACGGAGAGUUCUGGAUGUCUUUCACCGACUUCAUGCGACAUUACUCGCGGGUGGAGAUCUGUAACCUGACGCCGGACGCCCUGAGCGACGAGGGCGUCUCCAAGUGGGCUCUGUCCAAGUUCGAGGGCAGCUGGAGGAGAGGGUCCACUGCUGGAGGCUGCAGGAACUUCCCUGACACCUUCUGGACGAACCCUCAGUUUGUCAUCAGGCUGGACGAGGAGGACGACGACCCGGAGGACGGCGAGGCUGGCUGCAGCUUUGUGGUCGGUCUGAUCCAGAAGAACCGCAGAUGCAAGAGGAAGAUGGGAGAGGACAUGCACACCAUCGGCUUUGCCAUCUACGAGGUUCCUGACGAGUUCUCUGGUCAGAGGGCCGUGCACCUCAACAAGAACUUCUUCCUGCGUCACGCCUCCGCCGCUCGCUCCGAAACCUUCAUCAACCUGCGAGAGGUCUGCAGCCGCUUCUGUCUGCCGCCCGGAGAGUACCUGAUCAUCCCGUCCACGUUCGAUGCCAACCUCAACGGAGACUUCCAUGUCCGGGUCUUCUCUGAGAAACAGGCCGAAUUUCAAGAGUUGGACGACCCCAUCGAGUCCAGAGUGGAGAAGGUGGAGCUGGACGAGGACGAUGUGGACGAUCGGUUCAGGAGUCUAUUCGGACAGCUGGCGGGGGGGGACUGUGAGAUCAGCGCCUUCGAGCUGAUGAAGAUCCUCAACAAAGUGGUGACUAAACGAUCCGACAUCCAGACCAGCGGCUUCAGCAUCACAACGUGUCGCAACAUGGUCAACCUGCUGGACAAAGACGGAAGCGGGAAACUGGGUCUGGUCGAGUUCAAAAUUCUGUGGACAAAGAUCGAAAGCUUUCUGACCAUCUACAGAGAGAAGGACGUGGACCAGACGGGGACAAUCAGCUCCACAGAGAUGAGACUUGCUGUGGAGGAAGCAGGGUUCAGUCUGAAUAAUCCUCUGCAUCAGGUCCUCGUGGCUCGGUACAGUGAACAGGACCUCACCAUCGACUUCGACAACUUCGUCAGCUGCUUGGUUCGUCUGGAGACCAUGUUCGACACGUUCAACGAGCUGGACAGAGACGACUCCGGAACCAUCGAGCUGAGCCUCCUGGAGUGGCUGAACGUGUCCAUGCUCUGAGGACCCGGACCCGUCUGAUCCAGAUCAGGACGUUCAGACCUGAGCUGACAUAAAUAUAAUCUGACGUUUGAUCACGUUUAAUGAGAAACUGUAAUGA